CCAGAAAAAGCAACAGAGCACACGGUGUCGUUUUAGUGACAGGAAAUGAUAGUUGUUAGAAGAACCUUCUCACCAUUAAAGCUCAGGAAACUCUUACAACCAGUUUCUUUCUCCACCCAUACAUAUACAAAGCCUGUAUCUAAUUCCUUCUCUUCAGCUUCCCCAACCCAAAACCCUCCUAAAACCCUAUACCCAUUGUUCUUCUUCAGACCCUUUUCCUCAGAGUCUGUAAAGAUUCAAGUAAAACCCAUAUCCAGAGAUGGAAACUACGAUGAUUCCUCCUCACAGGGCCUUCCCGUUUGUCCUGGCUGUGGUGUUCAAAUGCAAGAUUCUGACCCUAAACAACCUGGAUUCUUCGUUGUACCCACCCCUAAAACCCCCAAUUACAAGCUCCGUAUUCAUAAAAAUCCAGUCUUUGAUGAGCCUGAAAUCUCUGAUUCCCUGAAGAAGGGGCUUUUGAAUGAGACGGUGGAACCUCAAGAUGUGGAAAAUCUCGAAAACCCAGACCAGAAAUUGGCUGAAAAGCCUCUAGUGUGUGCUAGAUGUCAUAACUUGAGGCAUUAUGGGAAGGUGAAGGACCCAAGUGUUGAAAAUCUGCUGCCUGAUUUUGAUUUUGAUCAUACUGUUGGGAGGAGGUUGAUGUCCAUUAGUGGGGCUAGGACUGUGGUUUUAAUGGUGGUUGAUGCAUCCGAUUUUGAUGGCUCGUUUCCUAGGAAAGUGGCUAAGUUAGUUUCUAAGACGAUUGAUGAGAAUUCGCGAUCAUGGAAGGAAGGGAAAUCUGGGAAUGUGCCUAGGAUGGUGUUGGUUGUGACAAAGAUUGAUCUUUUACCGAGCUCAUUGUCACCUACUAGGCUUGAGCAUUUUGUCAGGACAAGGGCCAGGGAGAGUGGAGCAAGUAAGUUGACGAGUGUGCAUUUGGUCAGUGCAGUGAGGAACUGGGGUGUGAAGAAUUUGGUUGAUGAUGUGGUGGAGUUGGUAGGAUCAAGAGGGCACGUGUGGGCGAUUGGGGCGCAGAAUGCUGGAAAGAGUACUUUGAUUAAUGCAAUAGGGAAAUGUAUUGGAGGGAAGGUGAGUCAUUUGACUGAGGCACCUGUUCCUGGGACGACUUUGGGGAUUGUAAGGGUGGAAGGAAUGCUUCCUGGUAAUGCCAAAUUGUUUGAUACCCCGGGGCUUUUGCAUCCUCAUCAGAUUACAACUAGAUUGACUAGAGAGGAGCAGAAACUGGUGUGCAUAAGUAAGGAGUUGAAGCCAAGGACGUAUAGGAUCAAGGUUGGACAUUCCAUUCAUAUUGGUGGAUUGGUGAGGUUAGAUAUAGAAGAAUUGUCGACAGAUUCUCUUUAUGUUACAGUCUGGGCAUCUCCUCUUCUCCCACUUCACAUGGGGAGGACAGAGAGUGCUUCUACCAUGUUGGAAGAACAUUUUGGUCGCCAAUUACAGCCUCCUAUUGGAGAAGAACAAGUUGAGAAGCUUGGGAAAUGGGUGAGAAAGGAAUUUCAAGUGAGUGGAAACUGUUGGGAUACAAGUUGUGUUGAUAUUGCAGCUGCAGGUCUUGGUUGGUUUGCCAUUGGACUUAGAGGAGAGGCUUUGUUGCGCGUUUGGACAUAUGAUGGAGUUGACAUUGUUUCCCGCAAUGCUUUGCUUCCUCAGAGAUCACACAAUUUUGAAGUUGCGGGCUUCACAGUCUCAAAAAUUGUCUCCACAGCAGACCGAGCAUCCAAUAAAAAGCGCAAGGAUGAAAAGAAAAGAAAAGCAAGUGACUCCAUAGCUGUAGCUGCUGAUGCUCCUCCAGCAUUAACUGUUGACGCUGCUGCCAGUUCUUGCUGAGACUGCCAGCAUAAGCUACUGCAGAAAUAUGAAAAUUUUUGGUUACUUAAACAAUGAACGAGUAGAACAAUUGGCCGAUACCACCAAGAAAGAAUGCUGUAGAGCAGGACUGAAAACGAGGCUUAAUCUAAAGCCCUGCGGGAGUUUCUGAAGAUUAUCAAGUUUCAAUGGGAGUAGAAGUCAAAGAUUCUCUACUACCCUCCCUGCCAAAGAUAGCAUCAAUCUUCAUACGUUCUAUUAAGUUAGAUGCAUGCAGUUCAAGAGAUGUUACUGCAUCGGCCAGGUCUCCAAUUGAACCUCAUGCGAGAUCAACAUGUUUGCAUGUGUGGAAACUGAGCAGAGACACAUUGAAGUUCUGCUUGUGCAUCAUGGUUUGAUCACGUUGCUCUUUUCAGUUGUGAUGGUCAUCAAAGGCAUCUGUUGUCAAUGUUUGUCCUAAAAUUGAUUAGCUGAUUUAUAGGCCUCUCUCCAAGAAGUUGUAUAUUUAGCUGAAAAAGAUAGUCUGUCUAUCAUGGCCUGCUUUAGUCAUACAUGCCUUUUCAAACAGGUUCUUGGAAGUGAAGUUUUUACAUGGUUUUCGUUGAUGAGUAAUGGCUUUAUUUUCA